AUGGAAAAACUGUCCAAUGCUCUACAAGUUUUGGAAUUCAAAGCUCGACAUCUUCUGAACAUUCCCCAAAAAUUUGUAGCCCCAGUCAUCUGGCGGCCUUCAUUACUGACGUCGUCACAUAAGCCAAGUCAUGAUUUUCGGGAAAAACUGAGUGAUGAGCAGAACUGUAAGGUGGAUCGUAUAACGGAAGAGUUGUCUCUUUUUUCAAGACUUUCCUCGAGAUUUCCAACAAAACUGAAAGAUUCUGACUGGAAGACGUUGAUAGAAGUGAAAACUCGAAAAGCUCGUUUUGAGCAAAUGAUGUUUAUAUAUAGGAAAGAGAAAUUAGAAGCAGCAGAUUUACAAAAGAAGAAGAAAAUUCGAGAAAUCAAAAGAGCAGAAGCAAUUGAAAUAAGCAGAAAUCCCAGUUUUAUUCUUCCGAAAAUCAAUUCAAUUUCUGAAAAUUGGAUUCGGCUUAGAAAAGUAAUCGAAGGAUUUCGACUCCAAAAUCGGCCGACUCUAGCUGUCGACUGUCAAUUUUUGAGUCGUUUAAGUCCACGUGGCAGAGGUCUCACAGCUCUACAACUACAGUAUCUCAUUUCUGAAAAUCGAAGUUAUCCAGAUCCGUUCCGUCUAUAUUUUGUGAAUUACGAUAAAGAUGAUAAGAAAGUUCAGGAGUUGGAAGGCAAUAAAAUUCAAGUAUUGAAAAAUGAGAACACAUUUUGCCCGAUGGUUUCGAAGGAUGGACUGGAGAUUUUUAAAGAGGUUCAAUUUGCAAAAACAAUUCAAAAAACCCUUCAAAAAUUUCAGAGAGUAAUCAUCUACCUCUCACCGGACGCAUCAGAAGAACUAGAAUCUGUAGACGACGACAAGAUUUACGUGAUUGGAGGAAUUGUGGAUCGUGUGCCAGAGCAUGGGAUUCCGAAGCAUGCAUCACUGGAAGCCGCCCAAUCUGCAGGAGUUCUAGUACGGAAACUUCCAAUCGAUCGAUACGUCGAUUUCAAGUCAGGCUCUAAAUUUUUGACGCUUCUGGCGGUUUCGGAAAUUUUGAGACAAGUGAAUUUGCAUGGAGAUUGGAAGAGAGCCCUGGAAGUGGCGAUUCCAAAACGGAACACUAGAGGAGUGGAGGAAAAGAAUCCGAAUGGAAGGGCGGCUCUGAAGCGGAUUCAUGAAUUUAAUGCUGAGAUUUUGAAAAGGGUCGAGAGGAAAUUAGGUAAAGAUUGUUAUUAG